GCCCGCCGGAACUUGUGGUCCUGGCGGCGGGUGGGGGUGGGGCCGGGCCUGGAGGCGGGCGGGGGCCGGGGGCGGGCACCGGCCCCUCCCCCGUCACUUCCUGCCGUGCUGCGGGCGCCGGAGCGGCUCUUCAGCGUUUGCGCCGGCGGCCGCCGCGUCUUACUCGGCUCCCCCUUCCUUUGACCCCCCCCACCCCCCGGCCCGGCGGCGCCCGCCUCCUUCGUGGCCACUCCGCCUCUUCCCUCCCUUCGUCCCUUCCUCCUCUCCCUUUUUCCUUCUUCCUUCCCCUUCUCGCCGCCGCCGCCCAGGACCGCCGGCCGGGGGACGAGCUCGGGGCAGCAGCCAGGUAGAACUUUAGACUUCAUAGCACUGAAUUAACCUGCACUGAAAGCUGUUUACCUGCAUUUGUUCACUUUUGUUGAAAGUGACCAUGUCUCAAGUUCAAGUGCAAGUUCAGAACCCAUCUGCUGCUCUCUCAGGGAGCCAAAUACUGAACAAGAACCAGUCUCUUCUCUCACAGCCUUUGAUGAGUAUUCCUUCUACUACUAGCUCUCUGCCCUCUGAAAAUGCAGGUAGACCCAUUCAAAACUCUGCUUUACCCUCUGCAUCUAUUACUUCCACCAGUGCAGCUGCAGAAAGCAUAACCCCUACUGUAGAACUAAAUGCACUGUGCAUGAAACUUGGAAAAAAACCAAUGUAUAAGCCUGUUGACCCUUACUCUCGGAUGCAAUCCACCUAUAACUACAACAUGAGAGGAGGUGCUUAUCCCCCGAGGUACUUUUACCCAUUUCCAGUUCCACCUUUACUGUAUCAAGUGGAGCUUUCUGUAGGAGGACAGCAAUUUAAUGGGAAAGGAAAGACAAGACAGGCUGCGAAACAUGAUGCUGCUGCCAAAGCAUUGAGGAUCCUGCAGAAUGAGCCCCCGCCUGAGAGGCUGGAGGUGAAUGGAAGAGAAUCAGAAGAAGAAAAUCUCAAUAAAUCUGAAAUAAGUCAAGUGUUUGAGAUUGCACUUAAACGGAACUUGCCUGUGAAUUUUGAGUCUUUCCCUCUGAAACAGGUGGCCCGGGAGAGUGGCCCACCCCACAUGAAGAACUUUGUGACCAAGGUUUCGGUUGGGGAGUUUGUGGGGGAAGGUGAAGGGAAAAGCAAGAAGAUUUCAAAGAAAAAUGCCGCCAUAGCUGUCCUCGAGGAGCUGAAGAAGUUACCGCCCCUGCCUACAGUUGAACGAGUAAAGCCUAGAAUCAAAAAGAAAACAAAACCCAUAGUUAAGCCACAGACAACCCCAGAAUAUGGCCAGGGGAUCAAUCCGAUUAGCAGACUGGCCCAGAUCCAGCAGGCAAAAAAGGAGAAGGAGCCGGAGUACAUGCUUCUCACAGAGCGAGGCCUUCCGCGCCGCAGGGAGUUCGUGAUGCAGGUAAAGGUUGGAAACCACACUGCAGAAGGAACAGGCACCAACAAGAAGGUGGCCAAGCGCAAUGCAGCCGAGAACAUGCUGGAGAUCCUUGGUUUCAAAGUUCCGCAGGCGCAGCCCACCAAGCCAGCACUCAAGUCAGAGGAGAAGACGCCCAUAAAGAAACCAGGAGAUGGAAGAAAAGUAACCUUUUUUGAACCUGGCUCUGGGGAUGAAAAUGGGACUAGUAAUAAAGAGGAUGAGUUCAGGAUGCCUUAUCUAAGUCACCAGCAGCUGCCUGCUGGAAUUCUUCCCAUGGUGCCGGAGGUCGCUCAGGCUGUAGGAGUUAGUCAAGGACAUCACACCAAAGAUUUUACCAGGGCAGCUCCGAAUCCUGCCAAGGCCACGGUAACUGCCAUGAUAGCCCGAGAGUUGUUGUAUGGGGGCACAUCGCCCACAGCCGAGACCAUUUUAAAGAAUAACAUCUCUUCAGGCCACGUACCCCAUGGACCUCUCACGAGACCCUCUGAGCAACUGGACUAUCUUUCCAGAGUCCAGGGAUUCCAGGUUGAAUACAAAGACUUCCCCAAAAACAACAAGAACGAAUUUGUAUCUCUUAUCAAUUGCUCCUCUCAGCCGCCUCUGAUCAGCCAUGGUAUCGGCAAGGAUGUGGAGUCCUGCCAUGAUAUGGCUGCACUGAACAUCUUAAAGUUGCUGUCUGAGUUGGACCAACAGAGUACAGAGAUGCCAAGAACAGGAAACGGACCAAUGUCUGUGUGUGGGAGGUGCUGAACCUUUUCUGGCCAUGAACCAUUAUGAAAUCCCAACAUAUAUACUGAAAAUACUGAAACUGCUUUGAAAAUUUGGAAUUUCUGAUACCUCCAGUGGGCCGAGAGACACGAUGGGUAAAGGAUGUGGGCAGCAGCAGGGAAGACAACAGAGACACGAGGAGGUGGCUGUGGCCGGGCUGGACUGUGCUGGGGUUUGUUGUGACGGCCACUUGGUGACCUGGUGGUCCCUAUGCAAUAGCAGCUGCCUGUAGGGAAGAAGGGCUUCUAGCUGCUGGCUCUCCCAGGACACCACCAGAUCCAUGCCCUGGGCACCUCCAUGUUUGAUCUUUGUUUUCUCCUGUGUGAAAGAACAGAGAGCACGACCCCUUCUCAAGCUGGCUUACUCAGACACAUUGGGACACACCCUGGACAGCCACGCCAGAGAGAGGCUUUUGACCGGCCCCAGAGCUAAAAGCACCAGAGAAAAUCAGAUGCUUCCUACUCAGCGUGACCUAACUUUUCUAGCGUGCUAUGGCCCCACUACCCACACCAUCACCACUGCUUUCUCUUCCAACAGUGAUCUGUAUUCUUAGUUUCAUUAUUUUCUUUUGAUUGAUAUGACACUAUAUAAAAUUUUCAUUUGAGAGUUUCUCAAUUGUAUCUAGUUAUAUAGCACAGUUUGGAAACUUGUCUGAGACUGACUUCAUCAGUAAUCUAACCGACAAAGAUCAUAUCCAUGUGUAUGUGGUUAGACAUUUUUAUUUCAUUGACUAACCCCAGGACCAUUUCAGUCAUGCAAAUUGUGUGCCCUCUGGUUCAGCUGAAACAGUCCUGGACUUUGAAAAACCUUGAAUAAGUGUCCCACAGUUGUAUAAAUUGGACAAUUUAGGAAUUUUAAACUUUAGAUGAUCAUUUGGUUCCAUUUUUAUUUUAUUUUUAUCUUUGUUAAUGCAAACAGGACUUAAAUGAGCUUUGAUCUCUGUUUUAAAGAUAAUUUAAAAAAUUGUGUAUCUAUACAUACGGCUCUUGAGGACUUAGCUUUCACUACACUACAGGAUAUGAUCUCCGUGUAGUCCAUAUAAACCUGCAGACUGAUUUUCCAGAGUGCUCGAUACUGUUCAUUACAUCUCCAUUAGGGCUGAAAAGAAUGAGCUACGUUUCUCUAGACAGCUGUGUUGCUUUUGAUGAUGUUACUGUACACAGAAGUGUGUGCCCUAAGGCUCUGCGUGUGGUCCGUAUAGGAAGCCUGGUAGCCCUGCGAGAUAAGUACCGCUUCCAUUCAUUGUUUACGCUGGAAUUUUUCUCCCCAUGGAAUGUAAGUAAAAUUUAGUGUUUGUCACCAAUAAAUGGUAAUACUAAUUUUUUUUGUUAAUUUAUUCUCAAAUGCCACGACUGCUAGUUUGGUCCCCUCCCAACUUGCCCCUACCCUUUUUUUAUUUUUAAGAAAAAACUUUGUAAUGCUUGUGAUUCUGUCUGGGCAAAAAUCUGAAGAUCUGAAAUAACUUUAUAUCAAACCAUUGAUCAAUAAACAGCUACUAAUGAA